GGCGGCGGCGGCGGCGGCGGCGGCGGCGGGCGCGGGGCCGCGGAGCUGAGAGGAGCUGCUGCUCGCACGGCGGUUAUAUUUCACACUAUGUGCUGACUGUAUCUACAGAAGAUAUUUAAAACAAAAAAAAAGAUAAACUUUUUUCAAAGAUUUUGAUUCCAGUGGAAUCUUUGCUUAAGCGUGUGUGUGUGUGUGUGUGUGUGUGUGUGUGUGUGUGUGUGUGUGUGUGUGUGAACCGAGACUCCAGACGCGAUGCCGGUGCAAGCCCCGCAAUGGACGGAUUUCCUCUCCUGCCCCAUCUGCACCCAGACUUUCGACGAAACCAUCCGGAAGCCCAUCAGUCUGGGCUGUGGCCAUACUGUGUGCAAAAUGUGCCUGAAUAAACUGCACCGCAAGGCGUGUCCAUUUGACCAGACCACUAUCAACACGGACAUCGAGUUCCUCCCCGUGAACUCAGCACUGCUGCAACUCGUCGGGGCUCAGGUCCCCGAGCAGCAGCCCAUUACUCUGUGUAGUGGGAUCGAAGAUACAAAGCAUUAUGAGGAAGCCCGGAAAUGUGUGGAAGAAUUGGCGUUGUACCUGAAACCACUCAGCAGUGCCAGAGGAGUGGGUCUGAAUAGCAGCACUCAGAGCGUCCUGAGUCGCCCGAUGCAGAGGAAGCUGGUGACUCUGGUCCACUGCCAGCUGGUGGAGGAGGAAGGCAGGAUCCGGGCCAUGCGGGCCGCCCGGUCCCUCGGGGAGCGGACAGUCACGGAGCUCAUCCUCCAGCACCAGAACCCCCAGCAGCUCUCCUCCAACCUGUGGGCCGCGGUCAGGGCCAGAGGCUGCCAGUUUCUCGGACCAGCAAUGCAGGAGGAAGCUUUGAAGCUGGUUCUGCUGGCCCUUGAAGAUGGCUCUGCUUUGUCAAGAAAAGUUUUGGUUCUCUUUGUGGUGCAAAGGUUGGAACCCCGGUUUCCUCAGGCCUCUAAGACCAGCAUUGGGCACGUUGUCCAACUCCUCUACAGAGCCUCGUGCUUCAAGGUCACCAAGCGUGACGAAGACUCUUCCCUGAUGCAGCUGAAGGAAGAGUUUCGAACCUACGACGCGCUGCGGCGAGAGCACGACUCGCAGAUUGUGCAGAUCGCCAUGGAAGCGGGUUUGCGCAUCGCCCCUGACCAGUGGUCCUCCCUCCUCUACGGGGACCAGUCCCACAAGUCUCACAUGCAGUCCAUCAUCGACAAGUUGCAGACCCCGGCCUCCUUCGCACAGAGCGUGCAGGAACUGACCAUUGCCCUGCAGCGGACUGGAGACCCGGCGAACUUGAAUCGCCUGCGACCCCACUUGGAGCUUUUGGCCAACAUCGACCCUAGUCCGGACGCUCCUCCCCCUUCUUGGGAGCAGCUGGAAAACGGGCUGGUUGCCGUGCGCACCGUGGUCCACGGGCUGGUGGAUUACAUCCAGAACCACAGCAAGAAAGGAGCGGACCAGCAGCAGCCUCCACAGCACAGCAAGUACAAGACGUACAUGUGUCGGGAUAUGAAGCAGCGAGGAGGGUGCCCCCGUGGGGCCAGCUGCACCUUUGCACACUCUCAGGAGGAGCUGGAGAAAUUUCGGAAAAUGAACAAGCGCCUGGUGCCCAGAAGGCCCCUGAGUGCCUCCCUAGGCCAGCUGAAUGAGGUGGGCCUCCCCGCCGCCGCUCUGCUGCCCGAGGAAGGCGCCGUGGACCUGCCCGGCAGGAAGACCCCUGCGCUGCCCAACGGGAUUGUGGCGGCGGGGACCACCGUGGCGAAGCUGAUUCCCCGGGGGACGGAGCCCGGCUACGACGCCAGCCUGAAGCCGGGCAAGAUGGAGCAUCUGAGCAGCAGCGCACCCGGCUCCCCGCCCGACUUGCUCGAUGCUGCCCCGAAGAGCAUUUCUGCCUUACCUGUGAACCCGCACCCGGUGCCUCCAAGGGGGCCCGGAGACCUGCCCUCUCUGCCUGUCACCAAACCACCCCAGAUGGUGUCUCGAGGGUCUCCACUCUACCCAGCGCAGCAGGCGGACGUGUAUUAUCCGGAUCCCCGAGGGACGGCCGCGCCCCCCUUUGAGCCAGCACCGUACCAGCCAGGCAUGUACUACCCGCCGCCGCCACCCUGCGUCUCCCGCUUCGUGCGUCCGCCUCCCACCACCGCUGAGCCUGCGCCCCCCUACCUGGAGCAUUACCCGCCCUACCUGCAAGAGCGCGUGGUGAGCUCGCAGUACGGCGCCCAGCCGCAGCAGUACCCGCCCAUGUACCCGCCGCACUACGACGGCCGCCGGCUCUACCCGCCCCCGUCGUACGGGCGCGAGGAGGUCUUCCGGGAGAGCCCCGUGCCCCUCGACAUCCCGCCGGCCGCCGUCCCACCCUACGUGCCCGAGCCCCGGGAGCGCUACCCGCAGAUGGACGCUUACUACCCCGUGUCUCCGCACCCCGCGCAGCUCCGGCCCUACGUGCGGGAGUCUCCUUACGGCCGGUUUCCUCCGCCGCCGCAGCCACACCCCAGCCUGGACGAACUGCACCGGCGCCGGAAGGAGAUCAUGGCCCAGCUGGAGGAGAGGAAGGUCAUCUCCCCGCCGCCCUUCGCGCCCUCGCCCACCCUGCCGCCCGCCUUCCAUCAGGAAGAGUUUCUGGAUGAAGACUUGAAGGUGGCGGGCAAGUACAAGGGGAAUGACUACAGCCAGUACUCGCCCUGGUCCUGCGACACCAUCGGCUCCUACAUAGGCACCAAAGACGCAAAGCCCAAGGACGCGGUGGCGUCGGGGAGCGUGGAAAUGAUGAACGUCGAGAGCAAAGGAAUGAGAGACCCGAGGCUGGAUCUUCAGAGAAGAGCCGCGGAAGCCAGCGAUGACGACCUCAUUCCGUUCGGGGACCGGCCCACAGUCUCGCGCUUUGGCGCCAUAUCCCGGACGUCCAAAACGCUCUACCAGGGAGCUCCCCCAAAGUCGUUGAACCUGCCAGAUUACAGUCCGUAUGGAGCCCACGGAGGCUGGGGGCCGUCCCCAUACUCCCCACACCCGAGCAUGCCUUCUCAGGGACACUUCAGCGAGAGGGAGAGGAUUUCCAUGUCGGAAGUGGCCAGUCACGGGAAACCCCUCCCGUCUGCGGAGAGGGAACGACUUCGCCUGGAACUGCAGCAGCUCAACCACCAGAUCAGCCAACAGACCCAACUCCGCGGAUUGGAGAGGGAUGCGAGUGCCCUGGCCGGCCAGCCACCGCCCAAGUGGCCCGCGAUGGUGUCCAGCGAGCAGCUGAGCCUGGAACUGCAUCAGGUGGAGAGGGAGAUCGGGAAGAGGACGCGGGAACUGAGCAUGGAGAACCAGUGUUCUCUAGACAUGAAAAGCAAAUUGAAUACGAGUAAGCAAGCGGAAAACGGACAGCCAGAAUCCCAAAACAAAGUGCCGGCUGAGGACCUGCCAUUGACCUUCAGUGAUGUGGCGAAUGGAUCAGCCUUGACACCGGAGAACGUCAGCCUCCUGGCGAGCAAGACCAGCUCUCUGGCCCUGACCGAGGACCCCGAGGGAGGCGGGGACAGCGGCGACGCCCAGAGACCGGGGGCCACGUCCAGUGCAGCUCCCUGA